UUCUCACCUAUUAAUCCUUGCAUUACCUUCUUGAAUGACUUUUGACGCACAGAGCACUCCGCCCAUGUCCUCGUUCAACCAACUGGCAGUGGUUUCUGUGAAUGGUGUGCACGGUCCCCUCAUUGCAGCCGAACCUGCAUCAGACCCCUACCCCGCAAACGGAUUUGGUACUCAAGUUCUGCCAUCUUCAGGCAACUAUGCGCCAUCGAAUGACUUGCCCGUGGAAACCGGCGACGUAAAUAGCCCCUCUUCGUCUGUGGAAUUGGAUACUGCGUCACAAGAUGUGCCGGGUACACCAGUUUCUCCAUCUACCACUGGAAGUGGGGAAUUGGAUUCGAAUACCCCGCCUACCGACGUCCCCGACGGGUCGGGGUAUUCAGUGAUUCACCAACUCCAAACCAAUUUUGUAGAGGAUAUCAUGUUGCUGCCCCUUUACACACCUGAAGACCGCCAGACCUGGACCGUGCGCAUAAACAGAGAGGGCAGGAGUGCGGAGCACCACCUUGUCAGGUUCAGACGCAGGGGAGACAUCCCUAAUUCUCUUUGGGGAGUGCCUAUGCUCGACUGCAUCAGCCCUCUGUCAAGGCUCUUGUUGGACGCCGAGGAGAGGAUAGACUGCCUGGGUGAUGGUGGCGAGUCUCAUAUCUUGCUGAAGAUAUUGUGGCAUGGUUACGAAACAAUUGACUAUGUUAAACGAUUGCCAAUUCGCACGUCCGACAACAAAAUUGUGACGCGCGUGGAACUCGCCCGCGCCAUCGCUCAUGAGUUUUUUCAGUUUUGUGAGCGGUGUACAAGCGGCGAAUAUGAAUAUGUGUCUACGGAUCCGCGGUGGGAGAUUGGGACCAGGUUUACUUUCGAGAACAUCUCACUUGCUUCCAUCUGGAACCCAGAGGGCGAUAUUUGGAUUCCCGCCUUUCGCUACCUGAUUCCGCGAGACCCGGUAACUCCCACAUAAUAUUCCGGACUCUAUCCCAUUACACAUCAUUGGACUCCGUUUUUGCUCUUCAUCUUGCGCGUAUAUGGUGGUAUGUAUAGCUCAUUGGAUUAUUGUCGUCGCUUUUGCGUUUUUCAACCUCGUAUUAUUAGCAUGUGUAUUCCGCCCAGGUAGCAUCCCCUCUUUACUAAGUCAUGU